AUGCAGGCCCCGGGGGGCCCCAGCCUCGGGCUGACGUGCGUGCUGAUCCUCAUCUUCACUGUGCUGCUCCAGUCCCUCUGCGUGGCCGUCACCUACAUGUACUUCACCAGGGAGCUGAAGCAGAUGCAGGACAAGUACUCCCAAAGUGGCAUCGCUUGUUUCUUAAAGGAAGAUGAUAUCCCCUGGGACCCCAGUGAUGAAGAGAGUAUGAACAACCCCUGCUGGCAAGUGAAGUGGCAACUCCGCCAGUUUGUUAGAAAGAUGAUUUUGAAAACCUAUGAGGAAACCAUUCCUACAGCUCCAGAAAAGCAGCUAAAUAUUCCUUACGUAGUAAGCGACCGAGGUUCUCAGAGAGUAGCUGCUCACAUAACUGGAACCAGUCGGAGAAGCAUGUUUCCAAUUCCAAGCUCCAAGAAUGAUAAAGCUUUGGGCCACAAAAUAAACUCCUGGGAUUCCACAAGAAAAGGACAUUCAUUCUUGAAUAAUUUGCACUUGAGGAACGGAGAGCUGGUUAUCCAUCAAAGGGGGUUUUAUUACAUCUACUCCCAAACAUACUUUCGAUUUCAGGAACCUGAGGAAAUUCCAACAGGACAGAACAGAAAGAGAAACAAACAAAUGGUCCAAUAUAUUUACAAACACACGAGUUAUCCGGACCCUAUACUGCUGAUGAAAAGUGCUAGAAAUAGUUGUUGGUCUAAAGAUUCUGAAUAUGGACUCUAUUCCAUCUAUCAAGGUGGGAUAUUUGAGCUUAAGGAAAACGAUAGAAUUUUUGUCUCUGUAUCUAACGAGCAAUUGAUUGACAUGGACCAAGAAGCCAGUUUUUUCGGGGCCUUUUUAAUCGGCUAA